AUGGCUCCAUUUGAGGCAUUAUAUGGGAGGAAGUGUCGUAGUCCAAUUUGUUGGAACGAUAUAAGUGAAACACUAAUUUUAGGGCCUCAAAUGAUCGAGGAUACAGUAAAACAAGUAAGGGAAAUUCAAGCUAAGAUUCAAACAGCUCAAGAUCGUCAAAAGAGCUACGCAGAUUUGAAGCGUAGAGAGGAGGAAUUUGAAGUUGGUGACAAGGUAUUAUUAAAGGUAUCACCAAUGAAAGGAUUGAUGAGAUUUGGAAAGAAAGGAAAACUAAGCCCAAAGUACAUUGGUCCAUAUGAAAUACUGCAAAGAAUAGGCAAAGUAGCUUAUAGGUUGGCAUUACCUAUGGAGCUAAGCAAGGUGCACGAUGUUUUUCAUGUGUCUCAAUUACGACGGUAUAUACCUGAUAAAUCUCAUGUGCUAAAACCUGAAACCAUUGAGUUAGACCAAAGUUUAACCUAUGAGGAGAGACCUGUCAAAAUUCUUGACAGUAAAGUGCGUAGUACACGCAAUAAAAAUGUUAGGAUUGUGAAAGUGUUAUGGUCUAACCAAGAAUGUGAGGAAGCCACUUGGGAGGCAGAAGAUGAAAUGAAAAAGAAAUACCCAGAGUUGUUUCAACGAGUAUUUUGA